AUAUAUAUCAUUUUACUUAAUUAUUUUUAUGAAUUAUAUAUAUUUAACAUGAUAUUUCGCUAUAUUAUUAUAAUUUAUUUUAUUUUAUUUUAAUAUAAUAUGAUUAAUGAAAACGUGCAAUAGAAUCGAUAAGUAUCGAACAGCUUAUUGCAUCCAAUUUAAAAGCUGUAUUGCACGUUGAGAUUGAACAGGCAUAAUUAUUUUUACAAAUAUUUCAAUUAUAUAUAAUAAUUGAACUGUUGUAGUAUAAAAGAUUCUUUUAUUUAUUCUUAUAAGAAUGAACAUUAAAUAAUGAUUUCUACAAGAAUAAACAUAUUGCCGAUAAAGAGUAUCUUAGGUUAUGUUAAUUAUAACAAUAAUCACUACAAGUGGGAAAAGUUAAAAAUUUACUCAUAUAAUUUUCGGACUUACUAUAGAAGUAACAAUGUAAAUAACAUAUUUCAUAGUAAAAUGAAGUUACAACAUAGAAGUUGUAUUCUCACAUUAUUAGAUAGGAAAUUUUGCAUAAAAAAUGAACCGAAGGAAACGGAUGUUUUUGGUGAUAUAGGAUAUAUUAAAUAUGAUAAAGUGGAAAUGGACGAAGAAGAAGAACAAGAAGAAAACUUUCAGGAUAAUAUAGCUAAAAUACCACGUAGAUUAAAACCAAGUGCGGGUCAAUAUGCACAGAAAAUAAAAUCUUAUAUUUCAAAUGGAGAUUUAUUGUCUGCCUUGGAUGUACUCAAAUUAGUGAGAGAAAAUCGAGAUAAACCUACUUAUUUCAUGUAUAAUCUUCUCAUACGUGCAUAUGCUGUACAAGGAGAUAUAAAGCAAUGUUUUAGUCUCUACAACAAAAUGAAGAAAGAUCAUUUGAAACCUAAUGAUGCGACAUAUACCAGUUUAUUUAAUGCUUGUGCAGAAUCAAAUAAUAAAUCCAUAGCUUUAGAAAAAUUAAAUAAAUUGCGUUUUAAUUUAUAUGAAAUAGGAUAUUUAAUGAAUGAAACACAUUAUAAUACAUUAGUGAAAGCCUAUAGUAGGCAUAAUUAUAUUAUGGAAGCUUUUCAAGUGGUAGAUGAAAUGAGAGAUAAACGAAUACCUAUAAAAGAAAUAACAUAUAAUUCUUUAUUAAAUGCAGCAAUAUCUGAUAAACAAGCAGGAAUGAGACAUACUUUGAUCAUAUGGCAUCUCAUGAAAAAGCAUAAAAUAAAACCAAGUCUAAUUACAUACAAUCUAAUUUUUAGAGCUAUGAGAGAUACAAAGUUUGGUAAUUACAAAAUUAGUGACAUACUAAUGCCUGCAUUAAUAAAUACAGAAUUAAGUAUUUCUGAAGGAGGCAGACCAAAUUUGCUAAGUAGACCUCCUGUUAUCAGUUUAUUACCCAUAUCUAUAAAAAUAAAAAAUAAAAAUGUAGAAUAUGUAUUAUCACCAGACACAUACUUAAAUGAUAUUUUUGAAAAUAAUCGUUUUAUCUUAUUUGGUGGUUUGGAAAAUGUAUUUCAAAUGAUGAAAGAAGAUGAUGUCACACCAAACGAAAUAACGGCUAGUUUAUUACUGAAUUUAAUUCCAAAUACAAUAGAGGUUGAAAAUUUAUUUCUUCAAAAUAUGGAAACUAAAAAAGUUAAAUUAGAUAUCGACUUUUAUAACAUGCUUAUUAAAAGGAGGAGUCUAAGAAAAGAAUAUAAUUCUGCAAAAAAAGUCUUGGAAGAGAUUCAACGCAAGCAUAUGGUACCAAAUGUAAUGACAUUUGGAGUUUUAGCUAUGGGAUGUACUCGAAGUAAAGAAGCACGUGAAUUAUUAGAAGGAUUGGAAAUUGUUGGAUAUGUUCCAAAUGUAGUGAUUCUUGGAACACUUAUAUCUAAUGCAUGUCGUGCACUGAAUACCAAUUAUGUAAUGGAAAUGAUACGUUACAUGAAAGUAAAUAGAAUUACACCAAAUGAACAAAUUUUGACAUAUCUGAAUAAAUAUGAAGAAACAUUAACAAAAAUGCAAUUAUCCAAGAAGUCUAAAUUCAAGAAACGAUUGGCACUGAAAAAGGAAUUGGAAAGUUUUACAACAGAAUAUUCUCGAUGGAAACAACAAUUAGAUGAUAAAUGUGUAAUUAAAUAAAAUCAAAUUUUAUAAAAUAUA